GACUGCUGCUCCUUCCCCCGGUUCAGUCCCGUCAGUGGAGCGCGAGGCGCAGCGCACGCACAUACGGUUCACACACACUCGCCUGCACGCGUGAAAGGUGCGACAGAGAGUGGACUCAGCGGACGACUUUGAUUUUGUGUGUGCGACUAAUCAGAGCAUGAAUUUGCUAUCAAGGCAUCGAUCCACACCUCUAGACAAACCAAGUGAACCUUUCAAGGGAAAAGCAAACGGGGAUAGAUUUUAAUGCAACAUCCUUCCUGACGGAGGGCGAUGCACCCGCCUCUUGUUCCAUAAACUGUCACAGUUUAUAUGACAGCAAAAACACAGCGCUGCUGGAUAUAUUUUUUCUGCAAAGCAAUUGUGUUCAUAUUUUUGCGCUCUGGGUUUUUGUGGGGUGCAAUUUCGACCUCAGCGCACAACGAGCGACAAAUAGUGCGUGUUUGAGCGUAAUUUCUCAGUGACUCGGACUUGCCUCAGAGCGGAGUUUGACUCCUCAUCAUGGGGUACGGUGCACAAACUGAUAGAGAAAGAGGAAGAGUGCCGAGAUCCCCUGCUGAGAUGCUGACCGUGUCCUGGCUUUUGCUUUUUCUCCUGGUGGAUAUCGGAUUGGCACAAGUUGAUGAUGAAUUCAUUGGGCUUGGUGAUCUUCCGGAAACCUUCCCUUCAGACCCCCCCGAGCCACUCCCUGUGUUUUUGAUGGAACCCGAGGAGGCCUACAUAGUGAAGAACAAGCCGGUCAACCUGUACUGCAAGGCCACGCCCGCCACCCAGAUCUACUUCAAGUGUAACAGCGAGUGGGUUCACCAGAAAGAGCACACUGUGGAGGAGCGGGUUGACGAGAACUCUGGCCUGGUAGUGAGAGAGGCAAGCAUAGAGAUCACUCGGCAGCAGGUGGAGGAGCUGUUUGGGCCAGAGGACUUCUGGUGUCAGUGUGUGGCCUGGAGCUCUGCAGGGACCACCAAGAGUCGCAAAUCCCAUGUCCGCAUCGCCUACCUGAGGAAGACAUUUGACCAGGAACCUCUCGGGAAGGAAGUGUCACUCGAACAGGAAGUGCUGCUCCAAUGUCGCCCACCUGAAGGCAUCCCAGCUGCUGAGGUGGAGUGGUUAAAGAACGAGGAAGUUAUCGAUCCUGCAGAUGACAGAAACUUUUACAUCACCAUCGACCACAACCUGAUCAUCAAACAGGCCCGUCUCUCUGACACUGCCAACUACACCUGUGUUGCGAAGAACAUCGUGGCCAAGAGACGCAGCACCACCGCCACAGUUAUCGUCUAUGUGAAUGGUGGAUGGUCGACAUGGACAGAGUGGUCAGUGUGUAACAGCCGCUGUGGUCGCGGUUACCAGAAACGCACACGCAGCUGUACCAACCCAGCCCCACUCAAUGGAGGCGCCAUCUGUGAAGGGCAAGGCAUCCAGAAAUUGGCGUGCAAUCCUCUCUGCCCAGUGGAUGGCCUGUGGACAGAGUGGAGUAAGUGGUCCACCUGUGGGACAGAGUGCACCCACUGGAGGAGGAGGGAAUGCAGCGUUCCAGCACCCAAAAACGGGGGAAAGGACUGUGAGGGCAUGGUACUCCAGUCCAAGAACUGCACCGAUGGGAUGUGCAUGCAGAGUUCCUUCUAUCAGAAGUCCUCUGAGGCAAAAGACCAGAGUAAUUUUGGAAAUUCAUUGGCCCCCAGUACAGAUGAUGUAGCUCUGUAUGUGGGUAUUGUCAUAGCGGUGAUCAUGUGCCUGGUUAUCUCUGUCGUCGUGGCACUCUUCAUCUACAGGAAGAACCACCGUGACUUUGACUCUGACAUCAUUGAUUCCUCCGCCCUCAAUGGAGGCUUCCAGCCAGUCAGCAUCAAGACUGCCCGCAAAGCUGAUCUCCUAACCGCACCCCCUGACCUGACCUCAGCAGCCGCCAUGUACCGCGGCCCCGUCUACGCCCUCCACGAUGUGGCUGACAAAAUCCCCAUGACCAAUUCCCCUCUGCUGGACCCUCUUCCCAACCUGAAGAUUAAGGUGUACAACUCCUCAGGCUUAGUGACUCCACAGGAUGACUUGGGAGGGGAGUUUUCCUCUAAACUGUCACCUAAGCUACCACACUGCCUCCUGGACAACAGUGACAGCACGAUGGGCCGUCGCACACAGACCCAGACGUUGCUCCGCACCAGGGAUCCAUCCUGCACCGCACUGGGCUCCUUCAGCUCCCAGGGGGGACACCUCAUUGUGCCCAACUCAGGAGUGAGUCUGCUUAUUCCAGCGGGGGCGAUUCCUCAGGGCAGAGUGUAUGAGAUGUAUGUGACGGUUCAGAGGAAGGAAAACAUGAGGCCCUCGGUGGAAGAUGGCCAAACAGUGCUGAGCCCUGUGGUGAGCUGUGGGCCCCCCGGGGCCUUGUUGACUCGGCCCCUCAUCAUCACCAUGCACCACUGUGCUGUGUUUGACGGCCAACAGGAUUGGCUGAUCCAGCUCAAGAGCCAGUCACAGCAGAACCAUUGGGAGGAUGUGGUGGUGGUAGGAGAAGAAAAUUUCACUACGCCGUGCUAUAUCCAAAUGGAUGACGAGGCCUGCCACAUCCUGACAGAGACACUGGGCACCACCUGCCUAGUGGGCCAAUCUCUCAGCGCUGCAACCAUCAAGCGCCUCAAACUAGCAAUCUUCGGCCCUGUCACCUGCCCCGCCAUGGAGUAUCACAUCAGAGUCUACUGCCUUGAUGACACACAGGACGCACUCAAGGAAGUCCUACAGAUGGAGAAGCAAAUGGGUGGGAAAUUGUUGGAUGAACCAAAGACUCUCAACUUUAAAGACAGCACCCACAACCUGAGAUGUUCCAUCCACGAUGUCCCCCACACAAUGUGGAAGAGCAAACUACUAGCUAAGUACCAGGAGCUUUCUUUUCAGCAAGUGUGGAGCGGCUCACAGAGAAACCUCCACUGUUGCUUUACUCUGGAGCGGUUUUCCUCUAGCACUGUGGACCUGGCCUGUAAGAUAUGUGUCCGCCAGGUGGAGGGAGAAGGACAGAUUUUUCAGCUGGAUACUACACUGUCAGAGGAUUCCCAGAGUAUUGACACGUCUCUGCUGGACCCCGCUAGCAACAUCACCACACUGGUGGGGCCCAAUGCCUUUCGCAUCCCUGUCUCCAUCCGACAGAAAUUGUGUGGCAGUCUCGAUGCACCACAGACCAGGGGAAAUGACUGGAGGAUGUUGGCCCACAAACUUAACCUUGACAGGUAUCUUAACUACUUUGCCACCAAAUCCAGUCCUACGGGAGUAAUCCUGGACUUGUGGGAGGCCCAGCAUUUUCCUGAUGGCAACCUCAGUCGUCUGGCCCAGGUACUGGAGGAGAUGGGACGCCAUGAAAGCCUUGUUCCUGCUGCGACUGAACACUGACAUCUGUCCACCAGGGAUUGUGACAUUCCAGGGAGGAAGAAGACAUAAAAAAAAAAUAAGAGAGGGGGACGGCAAAAAGCAGGCGAGUCAUUUGGCAUCAAAAUGACAA